AAUUCGUCCGUUUCUCACACUUGUUAAGCAAAACAUAGCCCCUUGCUAUUUGCCCCACACCCAGGUCAAUCUUUUGAACGAAAGGUAUAAAAGUAAUGAUUUUGAUAUUUUUUUUUCUUCGUCUCCUCCUCUUCACCCACAUUCCAUUCAACAGACUAACUCGAAAAAUGAAGGCAGUUCAUGCGAUACUCGUUUUGUUAUUGCUUAUGCAACUGGUUUGCAUCUCAAUCUGUGCACCUGUUUCUACGUCUACGUUUAAAGGUUCAAGUAAAACAAUCGGCAAAACCAGAGCGAUUAUGAAAAAAGCUGGUAAUUCGAUUCGAUCCGGCGCUAGACGUUUUGCAAAAGGCGCAAGGCAAUUGGGCCACGAGCUCAAACAUGGUGAUCCAAACCAUAUCCCUCAUCAAAUCAUUGGAGAAGGUGAAGGAAUAAACAUGGUUCAUGCGCAGUACAACUAGAGACAACCCAAUACCUUUCUAUGCAGAAGUUUUUAUCUCCUUAUUUUCGCGGGAUCAGGAUUCUUACAUUUGCUGCUUUUUGUAUGUUGCCCGGAACUGUAAACGAUACGUAUUUUUGUAUACUGUAGAAAUGAAAAAAGAAACGUCAAAAUCCG